AUGUACGCUACGAUCAGUAUAGUGGCCAUUUUGACCAUACGCAUUGUCAUUUGUAUCAAUAACAAUGCUGGAAACACGUUUAGUCCCCUGGCUAUGCAGGGAAUGUACAACUUUUUUCACGGAAUGACUCCACAAGAGAGCACACCGCAUAUCGCAGUCAAAAUUAUGCCGUCAAAGAGGUUUCGCAUAUCUCCUAGUGAGAUGAACUCGCUGCUCUUUACCAUAAAACAGGAGAUCAACCACAAGGUCAAGGAGCUGGAAGAGGAGCUGUACGAGCAUCGCUACGAGAAUGAAAGACACCUUUCGACGUGGGCGCUCAACAAGGCUCCAAUCUACAUGCCAUUCCACGAGACGACGAAGCUAAAGACCCCCAAGUAUCCCAAAACACUAAAUUUGGCGAUGAAGAAACUACACAAGAAGCUCGGCGAGGAGAACAAGGCAGAUGAUUCCAAGAGCAAAAGUCACAUAGCCGAUAAAGCCAUGGAAGAUAAAGUGGAGUCCGGAAAAACGAAUUUAAUUCCCCAUAAGGCCUCUUGA